GCAGAUGAAAGGAGGGGUAAAAUUGGAAAACUACAGAAAAGCCGAGCAAAAACAGUUUCUGAUUAACAAAGCCCUUCGUUCAACAGAUUCACGGUCUUUUCUUUGGUUUCCUCAUCUAUUGAUUCGGUUCGCUUCGCACAAAUCCUAGUUCUGGAAGAUUCUAGCUUGAAAGCCCUAACUUUCUCAACUCAGCUUCAGAUAUAAGGGCAAAGUUAGCUUUGCUCAUUUCAUCCGGAAGCGUUUCAGUAACCAGAUCCAAUGUCAGCCUUGUUCAAUUUCCAUUCGUUCUUGACGGUGGUUCUGCUUGUGAUCUGCACGUGCACGUACCUGAAGAUGCAGUUCCCCGCCAUUUUGGAGCAGAAAACUGGGUUUCGAGGAUUCUUUUGGAAGGCUGCUAGAAUAGAUAAUGUCAUCCUAAUAGCGCUCGGAUAUGUUCAACGAACGUUUGUGCAACUAACAGGUGAACGAUUGAGCCCGUGGGUAUCGGUUGGAUGCUUCAUGAUGGGCGUUUCGAUUAUAUUCUUCUGAGGAAAGCAAGUGAAGAAAGGGGAUGAGAAAUCUGCCUUUGUGCUUGUGAAUCUUGGGAUGUGCUUUGGCGAAAACUAUUGCAUAAGAGGGGUUUAUUUUAAGAAAAAAUCGCAUAUAAAUAUUUGUACUUUUACAAAAUUUCUAAAUAAAUAUGUGUAUAAAUUUUUCAGAUAAAUAUCUGAACUUUUUAAAAUUUUCACAUAAAUAUCCAAAUUUUUAAAAAUUUACCAAAUGAAACAAUAUUCUUUGACGGUUAAGCCAUCAAUUAUGGACAGAUUCUGUUACAAAUUUAACGUCGUUGAUGGAUAUUGGUUUCAUUUAGUAAAUUUUUAAUAGUUUGGGUAUUUAUGUGGAAGUUUUGAAAAAAUCAGGUAUUUAUUUGAAAAUUUUAUAGUUAAAGUAUUUAUUUAAAAAUUUUAUAAAAGUUCAUGGUGAUUUUUCUUUAUUUUAAUUUAAUUUAUAUUUUGUAUUUAUGUUUUGAUUGAUCCCUCUGGGGGUGUGUUGAUAUUUGGACACCAUAUGUGAGACAUUUAUUGUUGAAAGAAAAUGAAAGAUUAAGUCAUUUGAAU